AUAAGAAAGCAAUGAAUCUUUCUUCAAAUAUUUCUCCUUCUAUCUCUAAGACUCUAUAUUUAGCGCUAAACAAAAAUUUCUUAGUGGUCAUCCUUACCAAGGAAUUAGGAAUUAAAGAUGAAAAGAGAGAAAGGAAAGGUGUGUGUGACGGGUGGUACUAGCUUCAUUGCACCAUGGUUGAUCAUGAAGCUUCUUCAACAGGGUUACUCUGUCCAUACCACCAUUAGAACUCGCGUAGUAGGUACUUUGAUUACAAGCUCAUUUUAUUAUUCAACUACUUGAAAAGAUAUAAAUGCUUAUUAACUGUUUGAUCUUCUAUCUCAAUUAUGAGCUACAGAGCAAAAGAGAGACAUUAGCUUCCUCACACAAUUGCCUGGAGCAACCGAAAGACUAAAAAUCUUCAACGCUAAUCUUGAAAAUCCAAACAGUUUUGAUGUAGCCAUUGAAGGAUGUUGAGGAGUCUUUCAUUUGGCUACUCCCAUGGACUCAAAGAUGAGGAACCUCCAGAAAUGGUUGCCAAUAAGACAAUCAAUGAAACACUGGGAAUCUUAAAGGCAUGCUUGAAAGCAAAGACAGUGAAACGAGUGGUUUACACUUCUAGUGCAUCUGCCAUCUUUGUUAACAAUUACUGGAAUAAAGUGGUGGUGAUGGAUGAAAGCUUCUGGAGUGAUGUAGAUUUCAUUAGAAAAUUUAAACCUUCUGGAGGUUCCUACCCGAUUUCCAAAACAUUAACAAAGAAGGCUGCUCUUGAAUUUGCACCGAAAAAUGGAUUGGAUCUAGUCACCUUAAUUCCUUCCAUUGUUGGGGAGAAAAGUGAAGAAUAUAUGAAACUAUUGAAUGCAUCGAUGGUGCAUGUUGAUGAUGUAGCCAUGGCACAAAUUUUCCUACUUGAGUAUCCUAAUGCCACAGUGUCUAGAAGUUCCUUGGCAAAAGUUCAAAGUUUCAAAGCACCUGGCUUGUCAUCAAAGAAACUGUUGGAGAGUGGCUUCAAAUUCAAGUACAGCGUUGAGGAAAUGUUGGAUGAUGCUAUCAAAUGCUGUAAGGACAAAGCCUAUCUCAAAUAAUGAUUUAGUUUAUUAACUUCUUUUUAUAGCUUUUCUUGUUGCAUCAUCAUGAAGAAUAAAGUCCCAGCAAAAGUUAUGUUUGUGCCCAUCAUGGCUUGUUGGCUGAACUCAUAUUUUUCAUGAAGAUUUCUAUGUUAUAAAUAAAAGUCUAGACU